ACAUUCUUCAAUUCUCACUCACCUUCACAAUUAUAGCACACACAAGAAGCCACUCAUGGAAAACAAAUUCCAAAACUCAACUUUACUUGAAUUAUCAGCAAUAGAUGAUAUUGAAGCUUUCAAAAGGGAAGUAGAAGAAAAGGGCUAUGAUGUAAAUGAGGCAGGGUUUUGGUACUGUAGAAAAAUAGGAUCAAAGAAAAUGUGUUAUGAAAAGAGAACACCCCUUAUGAUUGCUUCUUUGUUUGGAAGCAUUAGGGUGGUCAAAUAUAUCAUUGAAACAAACAUGGUUAAUGUGAACAUGGCAAUUGGUAGUGAAAAUGUCACUGCAUUACAUUGUGCUGUUGCUGGUGGCUCUAAAUCCAAAUUUGAGAUUGUUAAGCUCUUGCUUGAUGCUGGUGCAGAUGUUGAUUUCCUUGAUGAAGUAGUUAGGCAGAAACUUUCAGUGGCUAAUUCAAAAGAAUUAGUAGCUGAGAAGAAAGAUUCAGGAUAUGCUAUUGAUACAUCAUUGCCUGAUAUAAACAAUGGUGUUUUUGUAACAGAUGAAUUUAGAAUGUAUAGUUUCAAAGUAAAGACUUGUUCAAGGGGUUACACUCAUGAUUGGACUGAGUGUCCAUUUGUUCAUCCAGGGGAGAAUGCUAGGAGGAGAGAUCCAAGGAAGUAUCCUUAUAGCUGUGUUCCGUGCCCCGAGUUUCGCAAAGGAACAUGCCAGAAGAAAGAUUCAUGUGAGUAUUCACAUGGUAUUUUUGAGUCUUUGCUUCAUCCUUCACAAUACAGAACAAGGCUUUGUAAAGAUGAGAUUAGGUGUACUAGGAAAGUGUGUUUCUUUGCACACAAACAUGAAGAGUUGAGGCCUUUAUAUGCUUCUACUGGUUCAGCUAUGCCUUCACAAGAAUCAUUACCAAUUUCAAAUGUUUCAACACCACCUAUGUCUCCAUUGGUGGCUGAUUCAUCUCCUAAGAAUGGAAAUUACAUGUGGAAGAAUAAAAUCAAUCUCACUCCACCUUCAUUGCAGCUGAAAAAUGCUUUGAGUGCAAGGGAUUUGUAUCAAGAAAUGGACCUGUUACAUGGUGUUUCAAUGCAACCUUCAACUCCUAGCCAAUUUCAAUCUAUGAGUAGGCUUCAGCUGAACCAAAAUAGGAACCAUGUUCAAGCAAGUUAUCCAUUCAACAACAUUGUUUCAUCUCCUAUGAGAAAAUCAUCACCAUUUGGAUUUGAUUCAUCAGCUGCUAUGGCUGCAGCAGUGAUGAAUUCAAGGUCUUCAGCCUUUGCGACACGAAGCCAAAGCUUUAUGGAUCGCGGUGUGUCAAGACAAUAUAUCGGUGCUUCCGAAUCCAACAGUAGAAUGAACUCUGGUCUCUCAGAUUGGAUUUCAAAUGAUUGGGAUGAGCUGCAUAAGUUGAAAAAAUCUGCUUCUUUUGGAUUUAGAAAUAAUAUGGCUGCUGCUUCGCCCGUUGCACGGCCUCAACAUGCCGAACCGGAUGUCUCGUGGGUUCAUUCGCUUGUUCAAGAGGUUUCCUCUGAGAAUUCUGAGAUAUUUGGUGCUGAGAGGCUACAUUAUGAUCUCUAUAAACAGAAGUUAUCACCAUGGACAGAGCAGAUUGUAGCAUAAAGUGCCUCUUGAUUAUUCUUACUAAAGUUUCAUAUUAUGUAUUUAUUUAUUUAAUCAAUUAAUUGUAAUGUUGUUAGCAUUUAAAUUACAUAAGAAUAUAGUUUUCCACACAAUUCACUCGUCA